AUGUCAUCAAGCUACCCACGAUCUAGCUGUCAACGCGCCAAACUCCGCGCUAUGCACGAGUCACCAUACCGCCGUCGACUGCCUCCCCUCUCGCACAGUCUUGCGCGACAUUGUGCUAUUCAGAUACUCGAGUCCCGCUAG